AUGUGGUGUCAGGAAUUACGAAACAAACGGGCUCUUUUCAUGACCUAUAACGAAAGCUUAGUGCAUGUCAUCAACAAACAAACGACCAAAGAUGCAAUGUUGUUGGGUCUUUCGCGCAAAUUAGUACUGGUGUGUUUGCAAAAUAACAUUUUAUUCAAAGCGCGUCAUAUUCCCGGAGUUAAGAAUGAAAUGGCUGACAGCUUGUCUCGUUUGCAGGUGGGCAAAUUCAAAACCACAUCGAGGGGUACAGGUAUGCAAACAUCUCCAACACAGAUUCCGGCGCAUCUGCUUCCGGAGAAUUGGGAAGUAGGUUAAAGCAAUUGUUAGAAGCAAGUUUAAGUUCGUCUUCGGUGCGUACAUACCAGCGCCCAUGGCAGCUCUUAUACCAUUUUCAGCAAGAUAGGUUGGGAUAUCAAGGCCCAGUUUUUCCUCUCUCGCUAAACACUUUAGCACUCUUCAUUGCCUUUCUAGCGGAACAGAAAUAUGCAGCCUCUACUGUCUUGACUUACAUCUCGGCCUUGAGCUAUCCGCAUCGCUUAGCCUCCCUAUCAGAUCCAACAAAGGCAGACAUGAUACAAAUAGCGCUUAGGGGGUACAGUAAGCUCAACCCAUCAUUCGAUGUGCGUUUACCAAUUUCACUGCCAAUACUGGAGAACGUUAUAGCGGCUAGUGAUCACACGCAGUCUGCAUUAUAUUACAGAAAGAUGACUCAAGCAAUGUAUGCCUUUGCCUUUUUUGCAGCAUUGAGGGUUGGGGAAUUGACAUACCGCGCUCAUCAGUCCCAGCGCAAUUUAAUCCUUUUGAAUCAAAUUACAUUCAUGGAAACUAGGGAGGGAUCAAUUAGUGCUAUGAAGUUAAAACAUUAACAUUAACCACAAAGGACUGCAAAGGACCGCAAACGAAUAUGCCGGAAAACGUAGGAUCUAUAAAGACCUGAUCAGCAAAAAUGAAAAGUAGACAUAUUAAAUUCUGCAAGCAGAAUACUGCAAUGCUGAUCGUACUACGUCAAAAUUAACUCUGCAAGACAUCAACACGACACCGAAAGAACUCAAAACAGAGCGGGAUUGUAGCCAUACAUAGACAGCUGUUUCUCGCAGAGAAAAUAAAUAGUUGUACGAUCAGCAUUGCAGUAUUCUGCUUGAAGAAUUUAAUAUGUCUACUUUUCAUUUUUGCUGAUCAGGUCUUUAUAGAUCCUACGUUUUCCAGCAUAUUCGUUUGCGGUCCUUUGCAGUCCUUUGUGGUUAAUGUUAAUGUUUGUACUUUAUGUAUUCUGGGGCCGUAGAUCUUUUAUAGAUUCGAUAUGCCGUAAUUCUUGCAUGGUUUUGUCCAUGUGUUUAAGGUUGGUUUUGGCCAACUAUUCAUUUUCUCUGCGAGACAUCAACUUGACACUUGGACUCUUGCCCCCCAGAAGACACGUGGUAUGGCGUGAUUCUGUGGGUGUUGAGGCUUGUAGGUCAGAGCUUAAAUCAGAGUGCGCGGAUAUUUUGCACCAGAGCUUUCUGGUUGUUACGCCAUACUGACGAGCCCCAACGAGAGCGAAACAGCUGUCUAUGGCUACAAUCCCGCUCUGUUUUGAAUUCUUUCGGUGUCGUGUUGAUGUCUUGCAGAGUUAAUUUUCACGUAGAACGAUCAGCAUUGCAGUAUUCUGCUUGCAGAAUUUAAUAUGUCUACUAUUAAGUUAACCCUGAGAAAUUACAAGCACAGCGAUACUUCAAAGCCCGUAGAUAUUUUUCUUUACAGAGAACACCCUGUCUGUCCUGCUUCAUUGCUGCUAGCAUAUUUGAAUCUUCGGGACAAUUUCCCUGGCCCUCUUUUUUGCUGGCCUGACGCUUCCCCUAUUUCUCGUUCGUUUUUCACAUCUGCACUAACUGCAGCUCUUAAUUUUUGCAAUCUUGAUGUCUCCAAAUAUAAGUCUCAUAGUUUCAGAAUCGGAGCAGCCUCAUGGGCAGCAGCAAAGGGCUUCUCGGAUGCCCAGAUCAGAAGUUUUGGCCGGUGGAAUUCUAACGCUUUCUUACGAUAUAUCAGAAUACCUUCGCUGUCCACAUGA